AUCAGUUAGUAACCGAAUUCGAUCGGUAUUACAUUAAAAUUUACUUUUAAUAAGAAAAGACGUGAGAAGCAAAAAAAAUGAUUUUUAAGUUAAAGGGAUUAUUACUUUUAGUUUGCUUCUCAAUUACUAUUUUAAUGAUUUGUGAGUUUACAACCGCAAGGCCAUCGGAUGGUUAUAAAGCUUAUAUUCCGUCGCUCUGUGCAGAAGAUGCAGAUCAACUUUAUAUCUGUCAAAAAUGUGCAAAAAUUACGAAAUCUAACGCUGUUUAUCCGGAUUGUUGCUUAAAGAAAGAUGACGUUUUUAUGUGGUGUUCGAGGUUUAUUCAAUAUGGACAUACACCUAAGAAGGAUAAAUAGACUUCAGAUGUUUAAUUUAGUUAUGUCCAACAAACAAAUUAAACGAAGAAUCUUCAGAAGACAAGAAAAAGAGAAAAGAAUUUUUGUUCGAAAAUGUAUCCCAGAUGUUAACUUUAUCCAUACGCAAUAUGUUAUGAUGUAUCUAAGGGGUUUAUUUUAUUAUUAACAUAGGAACUUACACGUGAUAAAUUAUUGUGUUAUUUCCAUUAAGCCAUAACAGUUAUAGUUUUUACAAGCACUGAUAUGUACAUAUUUAUUUUUUUUUUUUAUUUUUUAUAUUUAUUUGUGAGAUACACUUGUUUAGCUCCUUGUUAAUCAAGUAAAGGAGCUACAAUCCGGCUGUGAAAAUUUUGUUACUAAUAAAUUAAUGAUCCUAA